ACUAAUUUUGUUUUGCAUUCUUAAACUUAGUAAAAAUUAUCGGUGAAAAAUGAGGCGUAUUAUAGGAAAAACGAUAUAAUUUAGAAAAAUAUAAUGCAGAAAUUCACGGAAAAGGUGCACAGCGAAAAGGAAAAGCCAGAAGUGGUGUGGAUAAAGCGUGAAGAUUUGUUAGAGACACACAAAACAAUAGAUAAAACGGAAACGGAUGCCAGGAGAUGUAAACAAAUGCCCAUUGUUUAUAGUAAACAAUAUGGAGUGCAUUUUGCUAAAUUGGAAAAAUUACAUCCAUUUGAUGCUCAAAAAGGAAAAAAUAUAGCAAAGAUUUUAUUGGAAACCCAGGUAGUUAAGGGCACAUUUUACGAACCCGAUGAGAUAACACAAGAAGAUUUAUUAAAGGUGCACAAACCCAAGUAUUUAAGCAGUUUAAAAUGGAGUUUAAAUGUGGCCAAAAUAGCGGAAAUACCCUUUUUGUUGUUUGUACCCAAUUGCUGUGUCCAGCGGGGCUAUUUGAAACCUAUGCGCUUUCAAACAGCUGGCUCUAUAAUGGCGGGCAAGCUGGCUUUACAAAAUGGUUGGGCCAUUAAUUUGGGUGGUGGUUUCCAUCACUGCUGUUCCUAUAAAGGUGGUGGCUUUUGUCCUUAUGCCGAUAUAACUUUAUUGAUACAACGCAUUUUUGAGGAGGAGCGUUACAUUGAAAAUGUCAUGAUUGUAGAUUUGGAUGCCCAUCAGGGUAAUGGCCAUGAACGGGACUUUAUGAAUAAUGCCUAUGUUUAUAUAAUGGAUAUGUAUAAUUUUCGUAUAUAUCCCAAGGAUCAAGAGGCUAAAUUGGCCAUACGUUAUGCCGUGGAAUUGCAGCCAAGAACAAAUAAUCGAGAGUAUUUAAGGAAGUUGAGAAAAGGUUUAAAUUAUGCUCUUGAAGAAUUUCAUCCACAACUGGUGGUUUAUAAUGCGGGCACUGAUAUUUUAGAGGGUGAUCCUUUGGGCUACCUAUCAAUAUCACCAGAGGGCGUUAUAGAACGUGAUGAAUUUGUUUUUGCCACUUGCCGCUCUCGCCACAUACCCAUUGUCAUGCUUUUGAGUGGUGGCUAUUUAAAGGCUUCCGCCAAAGUUAUUGCCGAUUCUAUUUUAAAUUUAAAACAAAAGGGUUUGUUGAAUUAAAAUAAAGGAUUUGAUUAUAUGUUUUUGUUUCUAGUGUUUUAAAAAAAGGCUGUCUUCCUUUGAAAGGAAUUGCUUUAAGGAUGUACCUAAAUCGAAAAUUGUGUACCUUAAAGGGAUUGUAUAGAAGUGUAUUGUAAUCUUUUAAGAAUUAAAAAAGAAA